UUGUUUUUUAUACAUUUCUUGAUGAGGCAUAUUCUCCGUAACAGAACAAUUUUCCCUCCCCAUUUUAUUUAUCAUUCAUUUUCAAAUGCUAAAACAACUUGUGAACCUCUAUUUGCUCGACGAGAAAAUUUUCGUAAAUUUAUUCCACAACCAGCAUUACAAAAUGAAUUAAAUCCUUUAUUAACUCCACCUUCCACAGGUGUUAGAAAAUUUGCAACAAUGGUGAUUUUAGUUGAUUUUCCGAUUGGUGGGAAAGAAAAAGCUGGUACUUAUGUUUUAUUGACACACAGGGCGGCAAAGAUGAAGAAACAUGCUAAUGAAAUUUCUGUUCCCGGUGGUGAGAAUUUUUAUAAAUAUUCUGGGAUUUUUGAUAGGGGACUAGGUUUAGGGUUAGUUCUCUUGGAAAAAAUUUCCUUGGCUAGACUAUGUCGUAUAACUAAUUAA